UUUACAGUCCUAUACGAAACUCGACCCAACUGGUAGACCGUGAAGAAAGAAAGAGGUUCUCUCGUUCUUAGUGCAUUAAUAAAGAAAAGCAAUUAAUUUCAUCAUUAUUUUACCUUCAGUUGAAGCACUGUGAGAUUCGGCAACACGUGGUUUCUGAGGAAAGCAAUACCCUUUGGUUUGAAUUCAACACUUUCCCAUCUUAAAGUCUUCAAGGGCUUUGAAACACACACACACCCCCCCCUUUUUUCUUUCCACUUGUUUUCCCCAUCGCCUCCGCCGUCGUCGCCGGAAGUUUUUCUCCAUUGAGGGUUGGGAGUCGUAAAUAAAUGGAGGACCGGAAGAGUGAUGACUGGCUGCCACCCGGCUGGAAAGUAGAGGUGAGGCAGAGAAGGAAUGGUAAAGAAGACAAGUGUUACUAUGCUCCCUGUGGUGAACUUAGAUUCUAUUCCAGGACGGAGGUGACUCGCUAUCUUGAAAAGCAUGGUUCUAAAGCAGAAGAGAAAGACAAAGUCUCGGGAAAGCAAUAUUCGAAAAAUGUUACGGUUGAGAAGGCUGAGGCAGAAGGGUUACCUCCGGGAUGGACUAAGGAAGUCAAGAUAACAAAGACUGGAAAUAGAGUUAGAAAAGAUCCUUUUUACACUGAUCCUGUGAGUGGAUAUGUGUUUCGUUCCAUGAAGGAUGCCCUUCGUUAUGUUGAAACCGGGGAGCUUGGAAAGCUUGCUAUCAAGCCGAAGCCUAAGGAGAAAGGCAGCAUCGAUGAGGACUUGGAAGAAGAUAAUAUCUGUGUAAAUGAGCCGGUAGCUGUGAAUGGAACAACUGAUGAAAUAGAGAGGCAGACUGCGGAACAUGUUUCGAAUUCAAGCGGGAUAACAAAGGAAGAAGAGAUUCUUACUUCUGCUAGUACCAGAGAACAGACAUCCCUCUCUAAACAUACUCCGGAUCAGUGUAAAGCUGGAGAAGGUGCUGAGUUGAGCAGCUUGAACCUGUCUGAAGCUAAGGGAUCAGAACAGAUGGAACAGAAAGAUUCUGAAGAAGGCGUGCAUGCUUCGGGAAAUGCCGUUGGAGUCCUCUCGGAUAAACAGUUUGGAGACGAUAGAAAAGACGAAACUGAAAAAACCCGACAAGGAAAAGGCAAGACCAAGAUUAAGAAAGAUGUUAGUGUUCCUCGACGAGCCUCAAAGCGACUUGCUGGAGUUGCACUUGAUCCAACUCCAGAACUAAAAGCUACUAGAGCUCGUGGAUCUUCGAUUAACCAAACAAGUGUACCUGAUGGAGCGGAGAAUUCUUCUCUUGGUAACUGUAUCAAUAGGACCUCCAAACAGCCCGAUCUACCCGAUUCUUCUUUGGAAACAAGUUGUGCCCUUGAUGCUUCUAAGAGUAAAGAACCGAUACCGGAAACAAGUAACAUGCUUCCUUCUGGGGACAGGCUAGCCGUGAAUGGUCACGUCGGAAAUUUAGAAACAAAAACUAAUGUCGACGAAGACAAAAGUGUUUUGCCUCUGGGAAAGCUUGAAGGUGAUGGAAAUGCUAGUGACGUGCCGGGAUCCAAUAUUGAUAUGCCUCUUGCAGAUUUAUGGACAGAUCCAUGCAUUGCCUUUGCCAUUCAAACUCUUACCGGAAUUCCUUGUGACAUCCCGAAUAUCUCCGAGUCAAACAGUGGUAAAGUUCCAGGGAUUCCAGCAACUCCAGAAGCUCAUUCCGAUAGGGAAGAAAACGGAAACAAGAUUGUUGAAAGACAAGGAUGUGGUAUCAAUAUGCCUCCGACCUACCCGACUAUUCGGAAAGAACGUGUCGGAUCAUCCCUCGAGACGCCUUUGGCAGAUAUCUGGGCAGACCCGUGUAUUGAAUUCGCAAUAAAAACUCUAACUGGGGCAAUUCCAGUCGAGUACGGUCUCGACAAUCAGCAUGGUUUUCAGCAGCAGCCGAUCUCUGCCCCGCACCAAUCUGUUAAUCACUCGACCUUGCCAGAUGUGGGUAUGGAUAAAUUCUCGCAAGCCAAUUUCAUACGCCAACAAUACGAUGUCGCAGGUAAGUCUAGGACUAAAGAACAUGGUAUCAGUAGAAAUCCCAUAUAUAAUUACAGUCAUCAUCGUCGCAACGGAGAGUGGCCGUGAAAACCGAAGGCUACCGACUUCGAAGCUGUGUAUAUAGUUCAGGAAACUAGCCGGAAUUUAGAAAGACUAGUAACCUUGUUGUAACCUUUUGCCCUGUUAUGGAUUUAAAUUUGUUUUUGACAUUUCAGUAUCAUGAUGCCACUUUGUUG